AUGAAUGCAACUCAAGGUAGUAAGGGGGUAGAAUUAGGAUUUACGAAAAGAUAUUUAAAGGGUCGCUCUGUUUAUCACUUCUACAUUCUUCGCAAACUUCAGCAAAACCCCAUCAUCCCACCUAUCUAUUCAGAAAAUAACAUCAAAAUGAGAUUCUCCGCAUUCGCUAUUGUGGCCAUGAUCAUGGCAGUACCUGGAUUUUGCGCACCUGCAAAGGAGCUCUCUCCGGCCCAAAUUAAAGCCAGAUACAACGUUCCAUCGGCUUCCCUCACUUGCAACACUGGUCUUAUAAACAACAACGAUGGGGCAUCUCUCUAUACCUUUAUGUGUAUCCAUGUUUAUGGCUGCCAGCACUCAAUUGCUCCACAGACGAUAGACAACGAAUUCAUUGGAUCAUGCCUCAACUGCCCUGGUCCUUUCGCAGAGGCUGGCGGUUCCUAUGCUGGUUGUCUUAUUGUCGCCGACCCAUGA